AUGGGCGUGACAUAUAUUGAGGAGUUUGAUGAUGUAGUUGAUGAUGCCUUGAAUAAUUGCUCGGUUGAUGAGAGAUCUGAGUUGCCUCAACACACUGAUCAGCGGAUUGAGCAAAAUGAGCCUAAAAUUGGGAUGGAGUUUAAUGAUCCAGAUGAAUUGUUUGAGUUUUACAAAGACUAUGCAAAGAGCAGUGGAUUUCCAAUUAAGAAACAUACAAGAAGGAAGAAUGAAAUGAGCAUUGUUAGAAGUAUGACUUUAGUAUGUGGUCGAGGUGGCAAACAUAAUAGUACUUGUCAAAAUCCCUUAAAACCACAAGCAAGCUACAGAGUUAGGUGUAAUGCAAAGAUAACAGCUAGGUUAAAUCUGGACAGAAGAUGGGAAAUACUUGUGGUUGUUCUGGAGCAUAAUCAUGGCCUUAGCCCUAGUAAAAGUCGUUUCUUUCGAUGCAACCGAAGAAUUAGUGCACAUGUUAGACAUCCAAUUAAUCUGAAUGAUCAAGCUGGAAUCAGAAUCAACAAAAAAUUUAGCUUACUGGUACAUGAGGCUGGUGGAUAUGAGAAUCUGUUAUGUGAUGAAAAGGCUUGCAGGAACUUGGUUGAUGAAUCAAGGCGUUUACGUCUCGGCGAAGGUGAUGCUUCAGCGAUUAUGAAAUAUUUUUCAAGGAUGGUUGCAGAAAAUUCAGAUGGUAGGAGCAGAGAAGCUUACAAAGAGUUUGGUAAGGUCGUCACUUUUGAUACCACAUACUUACUAAUAAGUAUGAUAUGUCAUUUGCACCAUUUGUUGACGUUAACCAUCAUGGGCAAUCAAUUUUACUUGGAUGUGGGUUAA